UUGGGGGUAAAUUGAAUUAGAGAAUGGGGGUAAAUGCAGUGCAUUGGUUCAGGAAGGGGCUGAGGCUUCAUGAUAACCCAGCUUUAAGGGAGUGCAUCCAAGGAGCUGAUACAAUCAGAUGUGUGUAUAUUCUGGAUCCCUGGUUUGCUGGAUCAUCCAAUGUGGGCAUCAACAGGUGGAGGUUUCUGCUGCAGUGUCUGGAGGACCUGGACUCUAAUCUGCGGAAAUUAAACUCCCGCUUGUUUGUGAUCCGCGGGCAGCCUGCUGAUGUCUUUCCUCGGCUCUUCAAGGAAUGGAAAAUCUCCAAGCUGUCCAUUGAGUAUGACUCCGAGCCUUUCGGUAAAGAGAGGGAUGCGGCCAUCAAGAAGCUGGCCAGCGAGGCUGGCGUGGAGGUCAUCGUCCGCAUAUCACAUACACUCUAUGAUCUGGACAAGAUUAUAGAGUUAAACGGAGGCCAGCCGCCGUUGACGUACAAGAGAUUCCAAACGUUAAUCAGUAAAAUGGAGCCCCUGGAGAUUCCUGUUGAGACCAUCACAGAGCAGCUGAUGGAGAAAUGCACCACCCCGGUGUCCGACGAUCACGACGAGAAAUACGGCGUCCCUUCCCUGGAGGAAUUAGGUUUUGACACGGAAGGCUUGCCGUCUGCUGUGUGGCCUGGCGGAGAAACGGAAGCCCUCACUCGUUUGGAGAGACACUUGGAGAGAAAGGCUUGGGUGGCGAAUUUUGAACGGCCCCGCAUGAACGCCAAUUCUCUCCUUGCCAGUACCACGGGUCUGAGUCCCUACCUCCGAUUUGGAUGUCUGUCCUGUCGUCUGUUCUACUUCAAACUAACAGAUUUGUACAAAAAGGUGAAGAAAAACAGCUCUCCUCCCCUCUCUUUAUACGGGCAGCUCCUGUGGCGGGAGUUUUUUUACACUGCGGCCACAAACAACCCUCGUUUCGAUAAAAUGGAGGGGAACCCGAUCUGCGUGCAGAUCCCUUGGGACAGAAAUCCAGAGGCGCUCGCCAAGUGGGCCGAAGGCCGGACCGGCUUCCCUUGGAUCGACGCCAUCAUGACCCAGCUUCGCCAAGAAGGCUGGAUCCAUCAUCUGGCGCGGCACGCUGUGGCUUGUUUCCUCACCAGGGGCGAUUUAUGGAUUAGCUGGGAAGAGGGGAUGAAGGUGUUCGAGGAGCUGCUGCUGGACGCCGAUUGGAGCGUUAAUGCCGGCAGCUGGAUGUGGCUGUCCUGCAGCUCGUUCUUCCAGCAGUUUUUCCAUUGUUACUGUCCUGUUGGAUUUGGAAGGCGGACUGACCCUAAUGGAGACUAUAUCCGACGUUACUUGCCCAUUUUGAAAGGGUUUCCGCCAAAGUACAUCUAUGACCCGUGGAACGCUCCCGAGGGGGUUCAGAAAGUUGCAAAGUGCAUUAUAGGGGUCAAUUACCCCAAACCGAUGGUAAAUCACGCCGAAGCGAGCCGCCUCAACAUAGAGAGGAUGAAGCAGAUUUAUCAACAGCUUUCGCGAUACAGAGGACUCGGUCUUCUUGCAUCAGUGCCUUCAAACCCGAAUGGGAAUGGAAAUGGUGGAUUGAUGAGCUAUUCUCCUGGAGAUAGCUUGCCUGGCUGCAGCAGCAACGGAGGAGCUCACAGCGGAGCCAUUGAGGGGAGUGCAGCGAGCGCCCCCUCCGCGAGUCAGGGAGACUCUCAUCCCGGGGCUGGAGGCAUUCAAGGUUACUGGCAAGGGAGCAGCAUCCUGCAUUACAGCCACGGGGACAGCCAGCAGUCUUACUUAAUGCCAGGGCGGAAUCAUCUUAAUUCUGUGGUGUCCUCCGGGAAACGGCCAAGCCCAGAAGAAGAGACGCAAAGUGUGGGCCCAAAAGUACAGCGCCAAAGCAGCCAUUAACUGUAUUUUGGGGUAUUGGGACAUACACUGAACAGAAUGUGGCCAGUUAAUUUUUUCAGUAUUGGAUCUGAAUGUAAAUAUGUUCAUAAACAGAGAACAGCAUUUUCUCAAAAUGUCAUUGACUUUUAUCAGCUGGUCAUUUUGUGAAGGCUUAAUUUAUCGCUGCAUUUCUAUGGUUUUUAUCUUUUAAAAUCUCUCGGUAAGCAGUUUUUUUUGUAAAUAUUACCUUGUAAGCAUUUUGUGAUGAUUGCUUACCAACGUUGUAUAUAUUAAUAUCUGGAUUAGAUAGACCGUGCAAUAUAUUUUUGAUAAUGAAUUUUGUUUGGCAAGAACGAUAAUAUCGCAGAUCUCUAUAAUGGAAGAAUUCUUGGUCUGUGACGAUGCAAAUUUUCCUUUCGUUUUUUGUUUUCCAAAUUGUAGCUGUGAGGCCUGUUUAUCAAAAUGUGAUAUCUUCGCUGUCCAACUAGAAACAUGGAUAUUUCAUUUUUUU